AUGACUGAUGAGAGGGACAACAUCGAUCUCAACGGGCGCACACUCAUCAGUACGCGGGUGGAAGAUGGAAGGCCUGUGGAUAUUGAGUUGAGACAAAUUCUGAUCUACUGCGACCCUUACAUGGCAGAGAUGGAAAAUUGCUGUGAGCUGCUUGAGUCACAGUGUGGAGCCAAGAAGACCUUUAUUGGGACCUCCCCUCCCCCGGUUACAGCCCAGAGUCCCCUGAUGCUGUCUCAGCCGACCUCACAGUCAAUUGACAGAUGUCACUGUCCAGCUGAAAAGGAUGAUGCUGGUCUUCCAGGCAUGCUUGGGCUGUUUCAACAACCUGGGGAGAAGGGAGACAAGGGGGAACUUGGAUCAGAAGGGCAAGAGGCAAUCGAUGGAGAGAAGGGGGACAACGGCCUCGCCGAAACCCCAGGGCUGCCUGGCCUUCGAGGAGAGAAAGGUGAAAAGGGAUCAGCUGGAGUGCCGGGUCAGCCAGGCAAUGAGGGCAAAAGG